GCGCUGUCCGCUCACCAGUCAGUUGGCGCUCAGCUGCUGGCUGGGUUGGAUGUUAUGUAAGGUGAUUCGGAUACUUUCCUAAAUUUGAUCUUCACAUUACACUGAUAACUGUGGACUUAAAUAUUUAGAUUCAUUACCCAAUAGUUAACGAGGAAAAGUUAGCGAAAAACUGUCAAGCCUUAGAUCAGGCUUAUACGGCGAGGUGUGGUGGUUGUGGUGGUGCGGGAGCCCCCGUGCUUGCUUGGCCCAGAGUGCAGUGAAUCAAGAUAAUAAUGUGACCGAGACAUUCCGAGAAGACGUAGACGGGCAUGCCACGGAGCAGAAAAAGCUCCAGGCACCCCAUGUUGUCAGGCAGCGAGGAGGAGCAGUCCACGCGCCGCCCCUUCGAGUUCCUGACCAACAUCUUCAAGCGACGACGGGAACACGACUGCGAAACCGAGACCGAGGACGAGGCCACCCGGCCCCCAGACAUCACCCUCCACGGUCCAAACGACUGCGGUCCGAGCUGGGCCGGGGACGACAUGGUCUCCCCCCCGAGGAGGACCCCGGCGGCGGGGUUGCCUGGAGGCCUCGGUGACGUCAUUAGAGGAGGGUGGAGGAGCGACGGCAGGGCCCGUACACCACACUCCUGUCAAGUCCCGCGACAUAGGGAUUGACAUGAAGCCAUCAGACUGUCCCGGCAGGACAAUCCCUACCUCCAGAGGGUGGCGGAGUCCCAGACCACGCUCACGGAGGGAGGAGGAGGGCAGCGGAGGACGUGGGCGGCAGCCAGCAGGAAGACCCUCUCCUCAGCCAUCACCUCUCUCUCCAGGCCAGCCAGGAGGGAGUGCUCUCACUCUCUUGAGGUCCAUGAACACCUCAUACGCUCACCCCCGCCUACCACUCUGCCCAGGACUCUCCCCAAGAGCGUGUUCGUUCUUCCCGGUGUCAAAGGGCGGGGAUGGACCCAAUUCCCAGGUAAGAUACUGAAUCUGAAACAACAACAACAACAGGCAAGAACCGUCCCCUCGCAGGUGCUGAAGCCCGUGGUGGCGCGCCAGCACGAGGACGUCUUGGACAACCACCUGCGACAGAUCCUGCAUACACAGCGGCAGCUGGUUGUGGCCAGGGGACGCCCAGGUGAAGGUGGCGGCGUAGGUUGUUUCCAGCGGUUCCUGCCUCUCCUGCACACAGCCCGCGCCCUCACCAGACGCUCCCCACACGCCCGCACCCAUUCGGAAGAAGCCUCUGUUGUUCAGAAUGUCGGGGGUUCGUCUGAAGCGUCGCCUGUGAUGGGCUUAGGGGUGGGAGGGAGCGGCGGCAUGAGCGUGUCUGCGCCGGGCAUGGGGACGGUGGGCACGGGAAGCCUAAGCGGCCUAGCGCCCGUCAUGCCGCCGGGCAGACGGCAACACUCCUCCAGCGACCUGCUCCUCAACCCCGCCAACCCCCCCAUCAACAACUCACCCACGCCCUCGCCGCCCGUCCUCAAUCCAAUAUCAUCUAAAACCAAAAAAGGCUUGGCCACGGCCACACAUCACCCCUUUCCUGGUUUAUCCCUGGGAGGAGACAUCCCCAUGAGGGCGCGCCACCUCUACAUAUCGGGCCGCCUGGUAUUGCUCGACCCCGCGUGUAGGUGGCUCAGGAGCGGUGCCUGUCCCGAGGGAGGCUCCAGCAGCACGGCGCUUCGCCUACCUAUCCGCUACCCGCACCAGCCGGCGUCGUCCUCGACCCUCGUCGACAUCACCUGAAUACUGCCACUGUGCCACGCAUGCUACUCACCCCUUUGCCUUUUAGAACCGUUAGUCACUUGUUCGUAGAUUUUAUUUUAUUACAUCAUUAGGU